AUGCCUUCUCAAUCUCAGAAUCACGCUCGCGCUAGCCCUAAGAAGAAGACAAAGCGUAAAGCUAUCGACUCUGAUGGGCAGCGUGUUUCAACAAAGAGAACGCGGGCUGGGGCUGAGGCACCCCUUGUGUUGCAGCCGACUCCUGAUGUCACCAACUCUCAGGCUGUGCCCCCUCGACGUUCCGGACGUCAUGGUGCAGGACAAGGAGGCAGAGCCAGUCAACUAGAGAUAAUCGGUAAUCUCUUGGGUGCCUCGACACGAACCAGUCGACCCAAAGGCUCCACCUCUCUUGACUCGGAUGUUCCUAACAACCCGCUUGCUCCGGAGCCGCCUCGUAAGGGUCGUGGAAGCCACUCAAAGGCUUAUAACGCUGGAUAUAUAUUCAGAAGCCCCCCCCCGCCAUACAGUGCCUCCAAGAUGACGGAUUCUGCAGCUUCUGGACCUCGGGCCAAAAAAACAAAGGCAACGAAGAAUGCUGCUCCCCCUGCCUUAGAUUUUGAGGCCCCGAACCUCCAGCCCAGGCUUGUGCACCGCGAAGCGGGCGCGCGAUUUGGAUUUGCUCAGCAUAUCGUUCCCCCUGGCACAGAGCCUGACCUUCAAGCACUUAACAAUUCUUAUGUGGCUGCGGCCAGGGAGAAGCAGACUUCUUCAGCGACUUUAGGUACCACUGGACAUCUUCCCAUUGCUGUCGUCACCUCUGAAAACCAGCAUUCGGUGGUACCUUCAAAUCGCACAUUACCUGCACAUCAAUCCGAUGCUGACUCAGACUUGUAUCAGAACCUCGACCCUGCCCUUCGACCUGUCAAUGAUGAACGUUUUGAUCAGUAUGAACCGCAAGACACAAGAUCCGACAGUUCGGGAACAUCUAGCGAAGGCGGUGAUGGAAGUGCUAGCGAUGAAGAGGCAGAUCACACAGACGACAAUGUUGGCUGGGGGGCAGCACAUGGGCGCAUGACUGCACAUCCUGGAUUCUCGAAGGAAGAUUUACCAUCCCAACCCCGCGUUGCCCUCGCGCUUCCAACCGACUUCGAAUUUCAACAUUCCCGCGAUGAAGGUGACAAUGAUGCGGAGAGAUCUUUGGUAGCAAAUAAUAGCUCCAGCGAUGAUGAUACUGUGACCCAGCCGGCUGAUCCCCAACCAGAUGACGUGUUACAACUUCACCACAAGAAAAAUGGACGCCCUCGCCUUCCUGAUCCUCAAUUUCUCGAACUCUUACAUCACGCCGAGACAAAGAAACCCAACCACAAGUCAAGCAACACACAAGCCAAGACUGCAUUGGCGAAAUCUGACGAACCAGGCGAAGGACCUAAAGCUACUCAACUGGGCUGGUAUGGUCCUCGUUGGAAGAGCUUCCUCGAGGAUACGAAGGGCGAGUGCCGCGUCCAACACGCGAUCGAGAACCCAUUCCCGAAGCUGGUCAAAGACUUGACAGGUUCUGUCAACGAGGUACUCAUGGCCUCACUUGUCGAAUGGCUUGAAAGUGGUCAGCACGUCGAAGAGGGUAUCUGGCCUGAUCACAAGCACGAUAUGGCCAAGCUGCUGUAUGAGGAUUUAUCAACCUGGCGCUCAGACCUCAAGAAGAUUGUGAUUAACAUUGUGCCUUCUAUGUACAAUCUUAUCCCCCCACCCCACAUCCCCCCCCAACAACGUGCCGCCUGGGUCACAGCUGCCGCUGGGGAGUUGCUGGAGGAUGCUAAGUUUCUGCGCAAUGGUCUAGAUGACCUCGGCAAAACCCAAAACGCCGCUCAUCCCGCGCUUCGCGAGGCCGUUAUUUCUUUCUUUUACACAUCAUCUUACCGCGUCGCUCGCAGGAGGCCUGAAAUCUUCCGGACACAGUUACCACUCGAGUGCUUGGCAUUAGUUUGCACCGCGGUUAAUUGUGUCCUGGACGGCCUUGCUAAGAACGGCAGCGGAAAAUCAUUUCCGAAGUUUACCGCGAAGGAAUACGGUUCGUUGUAUAGCCUUACGGUCACUAAGCUGCAGGGGAUCUUGGAACAUUCUUACCAUGGACCGAAGCUAGUGCAACAGCUCCGUUCCUGGGCUCGAGCUGGAUGGCAAGGGCUUUUAUUUCGUGAUGUUUUGCAUACUGACGAAGUUCGCACAGGGCGGAAUCCUACAAGGUGGAUGGCGGCUUCAAUGAUGCUGCGAAGCAUUCGCAUUUGAAAUUUGUCCUUGAUUGAGGUCUUAGCGCUAUUCCCCCGCACUGAUUCUAUCUCGAGCAUCAUUCCCGCUAGUGUACAAUGUAUCGCGUUUUCCGCCGCCGUGUUUGCUAUCUGAUUGAAUACCAUC